AACCUAAAAAAAAGGACCCAUCUAUCCAUCAUCGACCGCUAACCUCUUUUCAUCCUCCGGCCACCCGCGAUGACGCCGCCGCCGCCACGGCUGCUCGCCGGCGGCGACCACAGUCCGCCCCCCACGUCAACCUCCUCCCCGGAGCACCCUCUCCUCUCCGCUCACCUCCUCCUCCCCGACCCAUCCCCCUCCGAUCUCUCCUCUCCGCACCUCCCCCACGCCCUAGCCUUCUCCUUCCUCACCCACCCGUCCCCUCUCCCGCGCCGCCUGCUCCUCCUCCUCCACGCCGCCGGGGGCCGCUUCCCCGCCUUCUACCACUCCUUCGCCUCGGCCCUCCUCUCGCUCCCCUUCCCCCUCCUCCUCCCCCACCCACGCGCCCGCCUCCUCCUUGCCGCCGCUGAGCUCACCCGCGCGGCCGCGCCGGGCUUCGCGCCCCUACUACUCUCCCUCCUCCGCCGCGUGCCCUUCCCCGGAGACGCCCGCCUCCCCGACCUCAUCCGCGAGCAUUCCUCCUUCCUCGCCGCCGAGGAGCCGCAGCUCCUCGCCUCCGCCGUCUUCGCCUUCCUCCGCCUCCUCGCCAGGAACCGCCUCGCCCCGUUCCCCAGGAGCGCCGAGUGCAGCAACUGCGAGGAGUGCAAGAGCGCGAAGAACCUCGAAGAGUGCGGAGAGAAGCUGGUAUCCUUCUGCGUCUCGGUGCUGCGGGACCACUUCCAGGUGUGCACGCUGAUCGGGAGGGACCUUGUGCGGUCGCUCCAUGAACUGGUGCUCGUGCCGGAGUUCCAGGGAUUUUGGAAAGACUUGAUGCUGGCCCGCAACACUGACAUCUGCCGGGUUGUCACUCCAGGUUGGUGCACAGCCUUGUCUAUCUCGCCGGAGAUGGAGACGCAACUGCUGUUCAUGAUGAGCAAUGUGAAGUGGGGAGGCCAGAAGAGGUACCAGCUGUGGUUUGCGAGGAAGCAUUUGAUGGUGCCUGGAGGGGAGGAGAGGAUACCGGACAUUGUCCGGUUCAUAUGCUGCGGGUACCACCCGACCAAUGAGGUUAUACAGUCCGGUGUCAUUGCCCGCUGGGCGGUCAUCGGUUGGUUGCUGACUAGUUGCAGCAAGGGGUACAUUGUAGCGAAUGCGAAGUUGGCGCUGUUCUACGACUGGCUGUUUUUUGAUGAGACUAAGGGUAACGUCAUGAACAUUGAGCCCGCAAUGCUUCUGAUGUUGAACUCAAUAUCUCAGUAUGUAGAUAUCACAAACGUGCUACUUGAGUUCUUAUUUCUUCUGAUUGAGAACUAUGAGGUGCGGAGGAAGGAGGCCAUCGAGCAGUGUGUGAGGUGUGCAUUUAUAGUGCUGGUGAAGAAAGGAGUGCUCCCAUCAUUGGAGUUGUUGACAGGCUGCGAGAAGCUGUCGCCAUUACUUAGGCAGAAGCUUGUGGCAUUUUUAUCUAGUACCACUCCUGUAGCAGCUGUAGAAGCUUGCUUGAAACCGAUUAAUGAGGUUUCUAAAGCAGCAGAGUUGAAGAAGAGAGUUUGCUCCAACUAGAUGUCACAACGGUAUGUGUCAAGAAUGAACUGCAGUCAGCACCAAUCCACCAAUACUUCAACCAUGUGAAUGAUCUGAGAAGGCAUACAAAGAGGAAUUACAAGACCGCACCAAUUUACCAGCAAUUCAGGUGAAGACAUCCCUUGAGCAAGAAAAGAAAAAGGAACCUGGAGUUUGGGCUCAUCAUCGGCUUGCCCUUGGACCUACAAACCUGGUCCUCACCAAUAUGCACAGAAUAUGUUAAAUCAAAAGCUACUGUGCGAUUCAAACUACAUUAGAAGUCAAUUCAAUUCCGUUCAGUUAAUACUGAUAAUGCCAAUUUUUAAUUUCUGCUGAUUGAAAACUAUGACAAGUGAAGAGUUUCUCAGCCGAUGCUAUAUCUGAUUAAUCUGAAGCAUGAAAUGAAUUUAAUUGAAGGGUAGACCGCUUCUUGUGAUUCAUUAUCAUUUGAAGCUAAUUGAAGUGCUGGCAGCAAAGCAACAACUCUCUGCACACACUCAUCAUCUGCUUGAACUGAUGAAAGAAGCCUCAUGGCCCUUUUGACAACACCAAGAUAAAUACACAGUAUGUGGAUUGAAUGAUGUGAUCAGACUUCAAGACCUGGUGGCAUGUGCAGCACAGGCAUCAUGCACAUUAAGCUUGUGAUAGCGAGUGUUUUUGUUCAGGCAUGCUAAUACACCUCAUGGGAGAAGUCACAUACACCAUAGGGAGUCUCUAUUGAUGUAUUUCUGCGGAGUUAUAGGACAUCGUCUGAUCUAAGUAGGCCAACCUUAUGUACUUGUAAACUACUCCCUCCGUCCGGAAAUACUUGUCAUCAAAAUGAAUAAAAGGGGAUGUAUCUAGAUGUAUUUUAGUUCUAGAUACACCCCUUUUUGUCUAUUUGAAUGACAAGUUUUUUUGGACGGAGGGAGUAUUUGUAAUUACUGGCUUUUGUUAUUCAGUAGUAAAAUCCCUUUCAUCGUA